AUGGCGCUCAGCAUCGACCAGAAGCGUCUCAAGGCGACUAAGUUUCCACCUGAGUUCGAUAAGAAGGUCGACAUUGAAAAGGUCAACAUUGACUUGAUGAAGAAGUGGAUCGCCAACAAGAUCACGACCAUCCUCGGCGACGAAGACGACAUUGUAGUCGAGACAUGCUACAACCUCCUUGAGCAAGAUCGAUUUCCCAAAAUCAAGGAGAUCCAGAUCCAGCUCACGGGCUUUCUGAACAAGGACACACCGGCAUUCUGCAAAGAGCUAUGGGACCUCAUGCUGAGUGCACAGGAAAGUCCCGUCGGUGUACCGCGGGAGCUGUUGGAAGCGAAGAAGCUCGAACUGCAGAAGGAACAGAUCGUCCCGAACGCUCCGAACGCCCUGAACGUGGACGCGGCGGUCGCUUUCGCGGCGAUGACCGCAGAGGAGGUGGUCGAGGGCGAGGUAGAGAUUUCGAUCGCGGACCACCACGCCGGGGUUCGCGGUCUCCACCGUGCGUCGAUCCGUCAGACCAUAGAAGAGUGCAUACUGACCUGUACAGGCGACGACGAUCCCCACCACCACGUCGCGAACGUGACAUUUACGUCCCGGGCGGGAGCGGUGGUAGAAGUCGCGGCCGGGGAGGCCGUCGUGACAAGUCUCGUGAGCGCCGUCGCUCGCUUUCAGGCAGUCGCUCUGCUUCUCCACCACCUCGUCGCAUUCGACGCUCACCCUCUUCAGAUCGCUCACGAACACCGCCCCGACGACGACGCCGAUCGCCAUCAUCGAGCCGGUCUAGAUCACCGCCGCCGCGCCGUGCACGACGCUCUCCCUCUCUGGGUUCGAGGUCUCCGCCACGACGGAGGAGGGACAAGUCCUGGUCUCCAAGCCAUGAUAGCAGAAGGUUACCCAAACAUACCUCGCGCUCUGCCUCCCCAGCAAAGAAAGACAAGUCCAACUCACCACCACCCAGGCUGUCACGAUCGCGUUCACGCACGCCUCCGCGUCGCCGUCGAAGGUCUCCUAGCAGCUCACCAAGUCCCGUUCGAGACCGGCGCCGUAGACACUCGUCUUCCGAAGCGGAUUCGCAUGGCUCACGCGCCGACAUCAAGAAGCGCAAGCUUUCAGUUAGUAUGA